UUCUGUUGUUCUUUUAAAGUCAUUGAGUGAAUAUCACUUUCAAUGAGAGUAAAAAAUUAAAGCCUGAAAAAUGCGUCUGCAGUCUCUUCACUCGUUAGGCUUGCCAUUCCUGCUCUUUGCUAUUCUUCUGGAAGUUAUAGCUUGGAGACUGAGUCGUAUAGAUCCUCAUAUAGAGUUGUUCUUCCUGAAUGACACUAGUUUGUGGUAUACUAGACUUCCUGAGACAAUUCAACGCUGGCAAAUAAUAGCUGCUGGAGUGAUUGCUAGUGCUUUGAUAUUCCUAUUCGGUGAAUAUAUGCUGUUGAAGUUCGAGAAAAUGGAGCAAAGGAGAAACGAAGCUGGAACACUUAUCACGGGUUUUUGGAAUUCCGCAAUAUGGCGUGCUUUAGCACAUUUUUUUGGAACCUUUACCGCCUUUCUGUUGGCAGCUUUCUUUGCUGAAUGUGGUAAAUUAUCAGUAGGCAUGCUUAGACCUGACUUUUAUUAUCGUUGUAUGGGUAGUUCACUUCCCUCCACUUUCCAUAGUGAAGUUUUUACUUCGAAUAGUCAGUGCAGUCAAUCGGAUGUUGAGUUCAUAUUGAAUGGGCGCAAAUCUUUUCCGAGUGAACAUGCUUGUGCAGGAGCAAGUUUCGGGUGGUAUUUGACUUUGUAUAUAUUGUGGAACUCUUGGUGUAUUAUGGAAUCAAGACCUUUUGUGUCGGAGCUGUUGAGAAUGUCUUCCAUAGUUCCUUUCACUUUUGCUCUGUGGGUCGGGGUCACAAGAAUAACUGAUCAUCGGCAACACCAUUCAAGUGUCGUAGCAGGAUGGUUGUUAGGACUGCUGUUUGCGACGCUUUUGUUUGUUACCACAAGCUUGCGAUUGCAUCGAACGACAAAUAAGGGGAAUAAGGAAUAUAAUGUGUUGGUCCCUUUUUCUCAAGAAACUGUGCAAUAACUUACAAACAGAGAUGCGUUCCUAACAAUAAAACGUUGAAUUUCAUU